CCGUUUCCAUGCAGUACAGCUCUAUAACUACUUGUCUCUACACUCUUCACAGCGAGUCAUCAAACGCACGGAGAGAGGAAGCCGUGCGGCCGGUUCCAGACUUCUCCUCAACCUGGUGACUGAGAAAGAGCCGCAGGUCCGUAAACUGAUAUGGAAAUGCUUCGUAAAAAUGCACCACCUGCUCCCCAAACUGGAGGAGUUGCUGAAAGCAAUGGGGGAAGAAGGUUCUGAUCUGAUCGAAUUGUUCAAAAACAUAAAGGCUUCCUGGGAACUACCUGCUCAUCUGAAAGAUGUUCAGCAGAAGCACAAGGAGACUCUGCGAGCACAGACUGAAACACUGAGAGUGAACACCAUCAUGAUGAACGAGAAGGUUAAGGUUUUCCAGUUGGGUGAUCGAUAUGCUGAGCUCACAAUCAUCUCCACUGUUCGAGAUCGGACACUGGUGGAACAUGAGCUGCUGGCAAGAGGCCGCGACCAUGAAGAGUGGAGAGAGGAACAUCUUGGGGGAGAGUUUGAAAAAAUCCGAACUGAUCAGUUAUUCCAGAACAUUUCGGUGAGCAAAUCCAAAUCUGGGAGUUCGUCUGCCGUGGCCGGAGACGCGGGAAUCGGAAAAACAACAAUGGUGCAAAAGAUUGUUCAUGACUGGGCCACGGGGAAAAUAUUCCAACAAUUCCAGUUUGUCUUCAGUUUCAAAUUCCGGGAUUUAAACAUGAUUAAAGACAGAAUGACCCUGAGGGAACUGAUUCUGGAUCAGUAUCCUUACUUUGGGAAUAUGCUAGAAGAGGUUUGGAAGAACCCAGAGGGAUUGCUAUUUAUAUUCGAUGGUCUGGAUGAAUUCAAGGGCUUCAAGACGUCCAGCGUCCUGAAGGUGCACAGGCGGCUGCACACGGGGGAGCGCCCCUACACCUGCAGCGACUGCGGCAAGGGAUUCACCAUGUCCAACCACCUGCUGUGCGGCAAGGGCUACACCCGCUCCACCCAGCUGCUGAACCACCAGCGGGUGCACACCGGCGAGCGUCCCUCCCUCAGGCCCUUCGGCUGCUCCGACUGUGGCCAGGACUUCAAGAGUGCGGGGGACCUGAAGGUCCAUCGGCGGGUGCACACGGGCGAGAAGCCCUAUGGCUGCCCCACCUGCGGCAAGUGUUUUUCCCGGUCGUCGGGGCUGUGGGAGCACCGGCGGGUGCACAGUGGAGAGCGGCCCUUCACUUGCUCCGAUUGCGGCAAAGGCUUCAAGUCGUCCAUGCACCUGAGGAGCUUCGCCCGAUCGUCGGGGCUGUGGCGGCACCAGCAGGUGCACGGCAGCGAGCGGCCCUUCUCCUGCUCCGACUGCGGCAAAGGCUUCAAGUCGUCCACAAACCUGACAGUUCACAGGCGCCUGCACACCAAGGAGCGGCCCUACAUCUGCGGAGACUGCGGCAAGGGCUUCACCCGCUCCAGCAGCCUGCUGCUGCACAGGCGCGCCCACACCGCCUAA